UCUAACCUCUAUAUUUCACGCGAAUAUUUGGUAAACAUACACAUGUGAGCUGUUAAUAGAAAAAUAAUAAAUAAAACAAUGGCUCAACUACAUAUAGACGAAGUUUAUCCAAAAGAGAGCGUAUACCCAAUGGUUGUGAGCUUUCAAAAUGGUUACAUAACACAAAAAUUCAAGACAAGUGAAUGCGUUUUACUAGAAGACGAAAAAAGUGGAAAGAAGACUGUGGCAACGGAGUUAUGCGACUUAAUAUACAGCGGAGAAGAAGAACAAGAAGAUUUAGGGCGAACUUUGAUACUGGCACGGGACAAAACAACGGGAAAAGUGCGUUUAAUAGAAGUUGGUACUGUCGAGUUGAAACCGUGCUUACAAUCAAAUUUAGACACUACGGAAGUGAUGGAAAAUAGUUAUUUAGAGCUCAGUAGGAAGUUCGGAUCGAAAAAGCAUAAACAGAUAAUGGAACAACGUGAAAAAUUGAAGGUUAAUGUUGACACUGUAACCGAACAAAUGCAUAAUGUCACUGCAAGCAUUACUGAAGACCAGCUAGACUUAUCUUCUUACAAUAAAAACGAUUCUGAUGAGUUCUACAUACCCCCUAUGAACCGAGGAGCUACUAAAGUCGAAGAAGUAUAUGAUAUUGACACUAUAUUAACUCCAGAACAGCGAGAAAAGAUCUUUAGCGAAAUACAAGGAACAAAGUAUUUAAGCGAGUUAAAUCCUUUUUUGAAAUCUAUGGCAACUAAAGAUCUAUUGGAAAAACAAUCUGUUUUACUCGUAUAUGCUCAAACGCUACUACAAUUAUACGCAACACUAAUGAAAGAUAUAAACCGUAAGAACUUUGCAGCAUGUCCAUACUCUGUGACUCUAAAUGACAUUGUGCUGAAAAAUUUCUUAAGUAAUGUUAACGGUAAACGAGGACGUUCACCACAGUAUAAGGACAAGUCAUUAUGUCACGCGUUAGUUUUUAUUUUAUUGUUGAAUAAUUAUAAGUUUAAUUUCGAUGAAUUGUGUCAGGAGUUGAAGUUGACUCAGCGGACUGUGGCGUCUAAGGUUGCGUUGACUGGUGCGACGCUGGUAACGAUUGGAGCGAAGAAGAUUGCUCAUUUAAAGUUACCGUUAAGUAGACCAGCAAUGAGAAGGAAAAGUACUAAGUUUUAAAUAUAGGUUUGACCUUGUA